UAGGAUGUCAAUUAUAAAAUAAAAAUAUAUAUGAGACUUGUUAAUGACAAUCUAUAGCUAUUUUCAGAAAAUUUAAGAGAUAUGGAAUUUAUCAUUUUUAUCGUUUAGUUUCAAAAUGGCGAGGUUUAACACUGAAAUUAGACGAUUUGAUUACCCAAACUCAGGUUUAAACCAGCCUGAAGAACUUGGGUGCUUCUCAUUAGAUAUUAACAGAGAAUUUCACGAUGAUAACAGCCAGAGGAAAUAUUUCAUUAAACCUUCAAAUUAUGAUGAUGUUAGAUUUGAUCUGACAAAAGGAUACGAGGGAAUGGUGAAAAGAGAUGAAUUUAAGGACGAACAGAUCGACCAUCUUCUGAAAUGGAUAAAUAACCAUGAGCUGGGAAAUAUGCAAACCGACUUUAUAUGCCGCAGGGGUUUGUUAAAUCGUUUAAUGCGUACCCCGUAUGCGAAAGAAGAUGACUGGAAGUUCGCCGUGACCCUCCACAAAGGUACCUACUACCUUUGUGAAUGUCCCACUGACCAGAGUCUGGCAACAAUAAAACAAAUGAUGGGAGAAAAGGACGAAGAGAUGUGUGGAUGGGGCUGCAAGUUUGAGCAGUAUCUCACCGCAAGUUCCGCAGAUUCCGAUCCAACUCCAGACCUGCAAUAUAACAACUGUGAAAACUUUUAUACAGUUGUGAAAGCCACGAUCGGCUCCCACACACUAGUGUACUCUGGUGAGGUUGAUGCUGUAAGUACGGAUGGAAAUUUUGGGGAACAUUAUGUUGAGUUCAAAACCAUGAAACAUUCCGCGUUGCAGAGACCAGGUUUCAAAAGGUACAAGCUCCGAAAUUGGUGGGCACAAAGUGUUCUUGUUGGCGUUCCCGAGAUCGUUGUUGGGCUCCGUGAUGAUGCUGGCAUUGUUACCAAGCUACAAACAUACAAAACUCAAGAUUUACCAAUGAUGGUCGGAAACAAUGUUCCAUGGAAGCCCAAUGUUUGCUUCAACUUCCUUGACCAACUCCUUGCCUUCAUCAAAUCUAAUGUGACGAUAGAUGAUCCAAGGCUCGUUCACCUGCUGGAGUUUUCAGGCGGGGAUGCGACUUGUACCCGGCUUACAAGGGACUCCGAAUAUACUUUCCUGCAUGAAUGGUAUACUCACAAUUAGCCUGGAGUAUGUAGAUGCUUGACUCUGAUCAAGAUCAAACCGGUUCGAUGCAACGUCAUUGACUUGAUUAGGGCAGCUGAAUGAUUGAGACAUCUAACCCUAUGUUAUAGACAUAAUAAAAAAUGUGCUUAGACAAUUUAAGCAUUAUUUAACCAAAACGGUCCCCCGUUCCGAUGCAGCACUUACUUACAAUAUUUUUUUAUCGCAGUUGAAAGCUCAAAUACUCUACGACAUUAAGUUCUUAAUGUUUGGUAACUUCCCCCUCUAUCCUCCUUUAUGUGGUCCCUCUCAUAGAAGCUUACAAAUCAUGGUCCAAAGUGUCCCAGUCAUUUAAUUCCUCCUGCUUCUUUGCAUCAAUGCUCUUAGUGGUUAUGUCUGGUUAUUGUUAUUCGUUAUUAAUUCUCAAAUUUCUCUAUGGACUGAUUUGCCCCAACAUAACUGUCACCCUUUUGUCAGUAAACCACAAGUGUGUAUACAUGACAGGCUUAUAUAUCUGCUGUGAAACCCUGUCAUCACAGUAAAAACAUUGGUUGUUGGUAUCAGAUGUUGAUGUAUACUAUAAGUAAACCGCUGAUCAAGUAUACACAGUGCUAAAGCUGCCGUACCUCAUCCCUAACACAACAUGGAUCUCAUGACUGUGUAUUAGACGCUAGUAAAGAGGGAGAGACUACUCCUCGGUCCAAAUUUACUAAGAGUUGGGUAUUUGUUGACAGCCAUAAUGAGUGUCCGUCAGAAAAAAAUAACAUUGUCCCAGUCAUAUUAUCUGCGCUAGAUACGUUAGUCUUAUCUUCUCUGUUUCACGAUGGGCAAUGUAAAUGGAGCUCCUUUCUCCGUUUUAUGUUAUAUUGCAUAUGCUCCUUCUACUUUGAAAAGUUACUAAACUUUAAAAAAGUUGUAUUUGCUUGCAUGUAUUCAAUCAUUCAUUUAUAUAUCACCAACAAAUAUAUUUUAGUUGCUCUCAUUUGGAUACCUAGUGCUGAAUAUUGUCUGCUUCAGUGAAAAUCAUAGGGAUGUUACUCUAAUAUUGAAGAAUUAUCACACCUUGCAUCAAAUGAUUAUCAAUUAUGCUUGAAUACUUUAUAGAAGUGUUGACUGAAGUUGAUUUGUUGUCAAACUGUAUGCUUCCCUUUAUUUUUACCAGCGUAUUUUGAAUAGUAUCAAACAGACUUAAUGAUCACUUCCAUUAGGGACGCAAAAUUUCAACUAAGUAUGCGAUUGGUAAACGCGCCUACCGGGAAACAUUAGACAUUCCGCGGCUAAACUUCAGACACUAUUUUUUACGUAAAACACGCCAAAUUGUGUUAUGUGUGUUUGAAAUUUUAGGCUUCUAUUUUGCAAUAGUAUGUUUUUAUAGUUUUGUGUAUAUAAUUACGUAUGCUUCUGUUGUGAUUUGUUAUAUUCUUCGUUCUAAUAAAUAAAUAA